AUGGCAUUUUACGACCAGCUCGCUGUUCAGCACCAGCAGCAGCACCAGCAGCAGCAGCAUCAACAGCAGCAGCAGCUCCAUCAACCCCUUCAGCAUCCACAGCAGCCCAACCUCCACCAACACCUUCAGCAACAGCAGCAGCAGCAGCACCUUCAGCAACAUCAAGUCCAGCAGCAGCACCCCCAGCAGCAGCCUGGAUAUAGCAAUGCUGAUAUGCGUACAUCGCUUUGGAUGGGAGAACUCGAGCCUUGGAUGGACGAAAACUGGAUUCGAGGCACUUGGUAUAGCGCGGGCGAACAGGUCUCCGUCAAGAUGAUUCGCGACAAGUACACAGGUGCAAGCGCUGGCUACUGUUUUGUCGAGUUGUCCAGUCCUGCAGCCGCAGUCAAGGCUAUUACCACACUCAACGGCAUGCUGAUUCCCGGAACAAACAAGGUUUUCAAGCUGAACUGGGCUUCUGGCGGAGGCAUGGCCUCGGUCGCAGGACCUGGUGCCACUCAAGAGUUCUCCGUCUUCGUUGGAGACUUGUCCCCUGAGGUCACAGAGUUCAUGCUAGUGACAAAGUUCCAAGAGAGAUACAUGUCAUGCAGGUCCGCAAAGAUCAUGACCGACGCCACCACCGGAAUCUCGCGAGGCUAUGGCUUUGUUCGGUUUGGCGACGAGAGUGAGCAGCUGCGUGCUCUUCAUGAGAUGCAAGGUGUCUAUUGUGGAAGCCGUCCUAUCAGGAUCUCGAUGGCGACUCCCAAAAACAAGACGCCCUCUGGCGGAAUGGCUGGUGUCGGUCCUGGUCCCGGACCCAUUGCCGGCAUGGGCGGUAUGAGUGGCAUGAACGUUAACAUGGGCAUGGCUCAGGGCAACUUUGGAUUCACCUCUCCCCUGCAGGCGACAAGUCCCCAGCAACCCGCCAACCAGUUUAACGACCCCAACAACACAACCGUCUUUGUCGGAGGCCUCUCAGGAGUCAGCCACGAGGAUGAACUCAGGAAUGUCUUUGCAGUCUUUGGGGAGAUCACUUAUGUCAAAAUCCCUCCAGGAAAGGGCUGUGGCUUUGUCCAGUUUGUUCACCGCCAGAGUGCUGAGAUGGCCAUCUCUCAGAUGAACGGCUACCAAAUCGGCAACUCCCGUGUCCGCCUUUCAUGGGGUCGUGCUCAGAGCGAGAACAAACAGCCGUUGUCGCCACAUGGGCAGUCGAUGGUCGGCGCACCCGUUUUCCGCUCACCAAUGCCGAACCAAUACCCAGGAAUGCCCAACAACAACCGUGCCUCCGCACCCUACGGUACCUUCCCCGGGAUGAUGGCCGGUACUCCACCCCCUAUGCUUGGCAUGAUGCAGACACCACCUCCCCGCGAGAGCAUGGAUCGCAUUCCAGCCGAGCACCAGAACCGGGCCUUUAACGAGCGCAAGGAUGGUUUGAUGGUGGACCGUAUGGAUGACGGCGCUGGUUGGAGAGGUGCGAUCUACGCCUAA